CCAUUACUUCUCUUACUGUAAUAAACAUCAUGUCUUACCGUGACCGUGACCGUGAUCGUGGCGACCGGGGCUAUUCGGACCGGGACCGAGACCGGGGACGCGAUGAUAGACGCGGUGGCGACCGCGGAGGCGACCGCGGUGGUGGCGGUGGCGGUGACCGCGGAAGCCGGGCUGAGCGUGUUUCGCUUGUUGUGCGCAACCUUCCGCUGGACAUUCGGAUGGAGGACCUGCGUGCCAAGUUUGAGAAGUAUGGCGAGCUCAAGGACGUCUACAUUCCGCGUGACUACUACACCCAGCGCCCUCGUGGAUUCGGCUUCAUUGAGUUCAAGGAGACGCGCGACGCCGAGGACGCCAUGUACAACCUGGACCGCUCCGUGGUGAACGGGCGCGAGAUCUCGGUGACGUUCUCGCGUGAGGGCCGCAAAACCCCCCGCGACAUGAUGCGCAUCGAGUCCAAGACCAAGGGCGACGAGCGCCGCGACGACCGCCGCCGGAGCCGCAGCCGCUCGCCGCGCCGCAGCAGCCGGCGCAGCAGCCGGUCACCUCGACGCAGCCGCUCCCGGUCCCCCCGCCGCAGCCGCAGCCCGCGCGCUGACCGCGGCCGCGACCGGAGCCCCCGCGACCGCAGCCCCCGUGACCGCAGCCCCCGCGAUCGGAGUCCGCGCGACCGCAGCCCGCGGGAGCGGAGCCCGGUGCGUGUUGAGCGUGAGCGCAGCCCCGAGCGCGAGCGCAGCCCGGAGCGGGAGCGCGUCCGCGAGGACAGCCGCAGCCCGCCUCCCCGGGAGCGGAGCCCGCCGCCGCGUGACCGCAGCCCGCCCCCGCGGGAGCGGAGCCCGUCUCCUCGCAGGGACUCGCCCCCGCGCGAUGACUACGCUGGUGAUGACUUCUGAGGAGCAGCGCGUGCUGGCAGCGCUGUUGAAACAGGGCUUGGCGGGGAUCUGUGGGGUCGGAAUGACCCACAAUACAAACUUGUGUGUGUGCAUGAUUAUUCUGCGCGCAAGGUACGGCGAAGCGCCUCACUGUCUUCGGGCGGCCUGACAUUCGGAUGCAAUCGUCGUUCACAUUUACAAUACGGAAUGCAGCCGUGAGGCUGCUGAAUGGGCGCGCUGUAGGGUGGUGGCACAGGAGUUGACGGGCGCGAUUGAGGUGGGCGUUGACGUGAAGGUCGGCCCACUGGAUUGGGUGUUGACAGGCCAUGACGUGAUGAAGUGGCUGUCGGUGACUGCGCACAACAAAGCCUGCAAAGGGCAUCCCGGUUACCAACACUCAAUGCCGCUGGCACUAUUCGUCCAUGUACCGUGCGUUGGAUAGGACAUGGCUGGCGUCCGUGACCGGAAAGCUGCUUGCACUGGAGGCACUGCAGUGCUGCUGUCAAGUAGGUGACCCCCAUGACUUGGGUGCUUCGGAGAAAGGCGAGCACUGACACGAGGCCUGGCGGCUGGCGCGCAGCGCGGCACGGUGUAAUGACACGGAUUU